GAAAUAUGACUAAAAAUGAUAUCAAUGUCUUCGAAUAAAUAGGCCAGCUCAUGUGAUUUUCAAUGAAACCUCCUAAUUUUGAGAAAACAACUUUUAUAUUUCCACCAUUUACAGUUUGGUCUGCAUUAUAUUUUCAGUGAGGUUUGUCAGAUUUAAAAAAAAAAAAAAAAAAAUCACCACGAUUACAUACAUUUGUUCAUUAUGUGCUCUUGAGGAGCCUAACAAAGACUAUAUAAACAAACGCAUCAUCAUCAGAAGAGUAAGGGAGGGCCCAGAGUCUUUGUGAUGCUUGUCUUUGGGUUCUUGCUGCUCUGCAGCAUUAAAACAAAAGGGGAAACGACUAACUGUAGUAUUAUAGGGCAACCAGAGUACCCCCUGCUUUCCAAGGAUGGAGACAUUAUCAUCGGAGGAGCUUUUUCAAUUCACAGCAAAAUAAAUUUGGAAAUGCAAUCAUUUACAGAAAAACCUCAUCGUCUAUUGUGCACCAGCCUUAAUUUGAGAGAAUUCCGCUUUGCUCAGACCAUGAUCUUUGCCAUUGAGGAAAUUAACAGCAAACAGACGUUACUCCCAAACAUUUCGAUUGGAUACCAAAUAUAUGACAGCUGUGGUUCCACAUUAGCCUCUAUGAGGUCAUCAGUGGCUCUGAUAAAUGGUCAGGAGUUGACAGCAGAACACACCUGCCCUGGAAAAACAUCAGUUAAAGCUAUUAUUGGAGAAUCUGAGUCUUCCUCAACCAUUGUACUGUCCAGAGCAACAGGGCCCUUCAAGAUUCCUGUGAUUAGCCAUUUUGCUACCUGUGCCUGCCUGAGCAACAGAAAGCAGUUUCCUUCUUUCUUCAGGACUAUUCCCAGUGAUUACUACCAGAGCAGAGCACUGGCCCAGCUAGUCAAACACUUUGGCUGGACAUGGGUUGGAGCAGUGAGAAGUGAUAAUGAGUAUGGAAACAAUGGCAUGGCAACCUUUGUAGAGGUAGCUGAGCGAGAAGGAGUAUGCAUUGAGUAUUCAGAGGCCAUAUCAAGGACAAAUUCCAAAGAGAAGACUGCUAAGGUUGUUGAAGUAAUAAAAAGAGGCACUGCUAAAGUUCUUGUGGCAUUUCUGGCACAGGGUGAAAUGGAUGUGUUACUGGAAGAAAUUAUCAGACAAAAUGUAACUGGGCUACAGUGGGUAGGCAGUGAAUCCUGGAUAACAGCGAGAUACUUAGCAACAGAGAGAGUUUCAAAAGUUCUUGGUGGAGCAGUUGGUUUUACAAUUAGCAAGUCAAAAAUCCCAGGCCUGAAAGAAUUCCUGCUUAAGGUUCAUCCAUCUCAGAACCCUUCAAAUGCUCUACUGAGGGAAUUUUGGGAGAUGACAUUUGGAUGCCGUCUCUCUUCAACAAUCAGUUCUGAAGUUGAGUAUGAAAAGUUUUGUGAUGGAUCUGAAAAUCUGAGUAAUGUGAGUAAUGCAUUCACGGAUGUAUCUGAGCUAAGGAUUUCAAAUAAUGUAUAUAAGGCAGUCUACGCUAUAGCUUAUGCACUUCAUAACACAAUGGCUUGCAAAACCUCAAACAGUUCACCUGAAAAUAUAACAUGUGGAAAUAAGGAUUUAAUGGUUUCCAGCCAAGUACUGCAUUCCCUCCAAAAUGUGAAUUUCACAAUGACCUCAGGUCAGAAAGUAUACUUUGACAAAAAUGGAGACCCUACGGCAAGAUAUGAGCUAAUAAACUGGCAGAAAAAUGGAGCAGGGGAAACUAAUUUUAUCACUGUAGGACACUAUGAUGCCUCACUACCCAGUGAACAGCAGUUUGUCAUGAAUUCUAUCAAUAUUAUUUGGGAAGGAGACAGUUACCUGAAACCAAGCUCAGUGUGCAGUGAGAGAUGCCAGCUAGGUUUCAGACAAGCUGUGAUCAAAGGGAGACCAGUGUGCUGCUUUGAAUGUUUGCGGUGCCCUUCUGGAGAAAUCAGCAACACUACUGAUUCUGCUGAAUGCAUCAAAUGUCCUUUAGAGUACUGGUCAAACGAAAACCACAGUAUGUGUGUUCUCAAGAAGGUGGAGUUCCUUUCAUUCAAGGAAAACAUGGGGAUACUUUUGUCUGCAUUCUCAUUAACCGGGGUGUCUUUAACAAUUGCAGUUGCACUGGUGUUUUACAACUUCAUAGAUACACCUCUUGUGAAGGCCAGCAAUGCAGAGCUGAGCUUCCUGCUUCUCUUCUCAUUGUCUCUGUGUUUUCUCUGUUCACUUACUUUUAUUGGUAAACCUACUGAGUGGUCCUGUAUGUUGCGUCACACAGCAUUCGGGAUCACUUUUGCCCUUUGUACGUCUUGUGUUCUGGCAAGGACAAUAGCAGUGGUAAUGGCCUUCAAGGCCACAGUGCCUGGAUCAAGUGUCCCUCAGUGUUCAUUGCCUUUACAAAGAAUUAGCGUUUUCUGUUGUACUCUUUUUCAGGUAAUAAUAUGUACCCUGUGGCUGGUAUUAGACCCUCCAAUGCCAUAUAAAAAUAUUACUCAUUCAUUAGAUAAAAUAAUACUUGAAUGUUAUCUAGGCUCAGCUAUAGGUUUCUGGGCUGUACUGGUUUAUAUAGGGUUGCUCUCUGUCCUAUGUUUCAUUUUGGCUUUUCUGGCUCAAAAGCUUCCAGAUAACUUCAAUGAAGCCAAAUACAUCACAUUCAGUAUGCUCAUAUUUUGUGCUGUUUGGAUCACAUUUAUCCCAGCUUAUGUCAGUUCUCCUGGAAAAUUCACUGUGGCUGUGGAGAUAUUUGCCAUCUUAGCUUCUAGUUUUGGUUUGUUAUUUUGUAUAUUUACACCAAAGUGCUACAUUAUCUUACUCAAGCCAGAGCAAAACACAAGGAAACAUAUCAUGGGCAAAACCCAUAAUAAAUCACAAUAAAUGUAUUAUCCACUCUCAAAGCAAUUUACACUAGAACCAUGGAAUUUAACUUUAAAUACAAAUGUAAGGUUACACUUUAUUAAUUCAAAUAAUAAUAAUAAAAAAAAACAACCUUCUAAUAUGAGACCUACCCCAUAAAAAAUAAAUAAAUAAAUAAAUAAAUAAAAUAAAAAGCAUAGAUCUGAACAUACUGCACUUGGGGAACUAUUUUUUCUGAAAACCGCAGCUUAUGUACUUAUCUGAUUCACUAUAUUUUAUGCAUGAAUUUAUUAAAUUAUGAAAUCCCAUAGCAAGAGAAUGUUUCAUUACACUAAAAUAAGAAUAUAAUAAUUUUCAAGUUGAUCUCUUUUUAUCAAAAUGGUUUAUUUAGAGAGAGUUAGGCCUACAUCUGUAGUAGACACCAUGUAUUAGGAGACAUAAAAUAAACCAAUUGCAAUAUCUAAGAAAACGAUAAAAAAAGCCUUUUAAAAACCAUUAACCUACAACAAUCGUUAUGAAAUUUGAAUAAAUAAAUAAAUAAAUAUGACAUACUAACAAGUCUACUAAGUGAAACAAACAAACACACAAAUAAAUUAAACCACAAGGAACAACUUUUUGGUGCCUAAAGCACUAGCACUGUACUAUCAGUUGAAAAAGUAAAAUACAAACACAAUUAUAUAAAUAAAAGUGUUACUAGUGUCUGUCUAUUGAAGCAUAUUUGUAACAAUGUAUAUGGAUUUGCGAUUACCUAAUUUAGUGAAGUCAGUAAAGAUAGGCCUUAAAGGUGGUUUGGGAUUGGACCCACUGAAACAGAAUCUAAGAGCACAGUUUCUUCUUUCAGUCUUCUUAAAUGCUUACUUUUUGACAAAGAUGGCAAACAUGUAAUCAUGCAAUAAAUGAGUCCUAAUGUUCCACACUCAGUUUAAAUAUAUAUAAAUCAAAAUUUGCUCAACACAACCUGAACCUGACGCAAGUCAAAUUGUUGCUUAGAACCAUUUUGAAUAUUGUCACCUUUACUGAGCAGUCUAAAAUUAGCCCGAAGCUUACAGAACCGAUGAACUUAUGAUCAAAAUUUAGCUGGCGUAAAUCCAACACUCAAGGCCAUUCCAGGAAACAUUAGUGAUAAUUAGUAAGAUACAGUAUAAUAUUAAUUUCAUGUUAGUUGAAACCAGGUAACAUAUGACUGAUUGAGCUCUGAGAAAGUGUGUUUGAUUGUACUUUAAUUCCAAACACACACAAUACCUCCAAGAUAUUCAAUGGAGAGGAGUCCCUUGCAAAUAUAAGCUCACAUUUCACAGAUGUGUUUGAUGUUAGUCUUAUUUAUAUUGUCUACAAGGCAGCACACAUCCUGUUGCUAUAGAAUGACUGAUAACUUGUGAGAAGGGGAGGGUCCCCAACAAGAGAAAAGGAAAAUCCAGCCUUGACAGGUGUGUUCUUUUGAUCUUCUGUACUGUCAUUUUCUGGAAUUCCGAAGUGUUGUUCAAAAGCAGGGUUUGGCAACUAUUCUCCCACUGUGUUGUCUACAUAGACUCUUAUUACAAAGUAUGAACACUAGGGAGAGAUAUAGGACUAGAAAAGAGUGAGCAUAAGAGUAGACAAGAAUGUGUACAUAUGGAGAGAGUUCAGUCGGGAAUAAAGAGUGAUUAAUCAAAUCAAAUCAGCUUUUAUUGGACAAGUAUGCAUAACAUACAAGGAAUUUUUCACUGGUAUCAAUCGUUCCACAUGUAUAUGUGCUGUAUUGUAAUACUUGCAGAUACCAAUAUAAAAUGCUUUACAUACAACUACACAACAGCAUAAAAAUUAUUAACAGAUAUUGCCCUUAAUUACGAUAUUACACAAGAGAGGGAGAAAAAAAAUGACAUAAAUAUAAAUCAGAUAAGAUUAAAAGUCUUUAUGGCUACUGGAAAAAGCUAUUCCGAAAUCCGUUAGCCCUUGAUUUAACUAAACUAUAAUGCCUUCCAGAAGGUAAAAGUCUGAAAAGCUUGUGUGCAGGAAGAUGAGGGUUAUAGACAAUUUUCUCUACCUGUUUCAUGACACAUAACAAAUGCAGAUCCUGAAGGGAGGGUAAAUCAGUCCCUAUAAUGCAUUCAGCCAUUCUGACCACAUUCUGAAGCUUAUACCUAUCUUCUUGAGUGGUGGAACUGUACCGAACACUGAAUGAUGAGCACAGGACCGAUUCAAUUGUAGCCCUGUAAAAUUUACACAUGAUUCCCCUUGACAGGUUGUACUUCCUUAAUUGACGGAGGAAAUACAUCCUCUGUUGUGCUUAAUGUGAUUAAUGAAGGAAUUAUUGUGCCAGUGUGUCUUUAAUUGGUAAUUAAAGUUAAACAAUAGUACAACAAGUUGGCAACGAGGUUAUCUGUAUCUAUAUUACGUGACACUACACUGAAUUCUCCAUUCCCACACUUGUUUUUGCUGUAGUGUAAGGCAUUACUAAUCAAUUUUCAGUUAUAUUUUACUUGACACGUGUUCAGUAACGCUUGCGUUACAACAAACUUUUAGCCCAAAAUUUAAUUGUUAAAAAAAAAAAAAAAAAAAACAGC